CUUUAGACCUUUAUUGACAACGUCGUCAACCUAGCGGUUGAGAACUGCCUGGUGUGCGAUCCCAAACAUCCUAACCCCCAGCAGAGCGGAUCGCAUGAAUGAGAAGGCUCCGAGGGAUCUGGCCCAAGAGCCGGACGAGACCCGAGAGGAGCGCGGAAGGCUGCGCCGGGAGACGGAGCUCCUCCGACAAGCCCUUCAGAAAUGCCGCCUGUAUCAGCCCCGUGAGAUCAGCGUCUUGCCCGCCGAAUUCCCCAGGGUGUCCGCCGUCGCGAUGCCUCCAUCGUCUCAACAAGCCUCGAGGGCGAUCAAAUCCGCCAAGAAGAUAGUGGUGAGGCUCCCCACCGCUGAAUUUAACUUUAGUGUCACGCCCACGCCACCUUUAAACCUCGGGUCCCAGUCAACCGAUCCUGUCGCUGUCUCCCACGCAACCACUCCCAACUCGAGCUACAAUUCUUCCGAAGUUUCGGCAAUUGGGGGAUCAAAGACUGCGGGAGCGGCAACGCCUCCGGCACCAUGCUUGAUUACCCCUCCCCGUCUCCCCGAGCCUGCUAGCAACCCUCCCGGAAAUCCUCCCCCGGUGCCGAGUGCUGGGGCCCCCGGCGGUGGCUCCGGUUCGGCGGCCCCGAAAAGCACAGGUCUUUUUGGCUCCUCGCCCCUAAGUGGCAACAGUUCAGCGAGCGCAGCAACGGCGCCCAGCCUCCUUGGCGGUAAAUCCGGCACCACCACAACCGCGCCUACGCCUUCCGGUGGCGGCCUUUUCAGCAGCGGAAUCACCACAACCACCACAGCCACGCCUCUUGAUAGCGGGCUCUUCGGUAGCGUGCCGGCGACCACAGCCGCGCCUUCUAGCAGCGGGGUUUUCGGCAGUAGAACCACCACGGCCACCACGACCGCGCCUGUAAUCCUCGGCGAGGAUACGUUGCAGGAACGCCACAACUCCUUGAACUCGCGCAGACCGCCUAAGCGCAAGUACGACCAGCGAAGCGGGAACAAGACGGAAGGCGACAGUGGAACGAACGAGAACGACGGUGACGCCAGUGCCAAUGUCCCCAGUGAAGAAGGGCAGCUGGCGCGCCGCCUCAACUUCCUCCGUGGUUUGUUGGCGUGCCCCGGUAUGGACGCGAACCACUACGAUCGGCGCGGCAGCACGGUGCUGAUAGCCUUCAUCGAGCACCUGACAGACCAGGACGAGGACCGGCACCGGAACCUGGCGGCCAUCCUGCAGCUCCUGGUGUCAGACGGGCCCGGCGGCGGACGGGCGCGCGUGGGGGCGCGAAAUCGCGAGGGCGAGACGGCGCGGCUGGGCCGCAAGACGGCGCUCAAGGUACUGCUGGAGCGGGGCGGCGCCAGCGUGCACGUGCGUGACACCAAGGGCAGGGGCGUGCUCGAAAUCAUCGACGAGCGGUGCUCGCGCGCGCGACACGACAUCGCACUAUACGGCCGGCUAGAGGCCUACAGGGUCCUGCUCACGGGCAGAUACAAGGACGACUGGGUCGGCGGCGACCAGGUCUGCCAGAACCCUCGCGUUCUGGACGAGUGGCGGGUCCGGUCGACAAGUACCAGGCCGGUGGUGUUUCAGUAGACGUGGGCUCCGUCGAAGCGGAGCCUUUUUGGUCCUGCGCAGUUUCCCUGUUCUCACUGGCUACCUUUAUAACCCUUCGCUUUCCUUUUCACAUUUUCUCUAUUACCUGUCAACCGCUCGCAGAAGGCGACGGCGUUUAGGCCACAGUUCCAAAAAAGAAAAAAAGAAAAAAAAAGAA